AUGAACACGACUACCAAGGGGGGGCAGCCGCAAGGAGACCCUGCCCCUGAGCUGCUUGACGGCCGCAUAUGGGUUGAUGGCUGCUGGGACUUCUUUCAUCACGGCCACGCCGGAGCCAUGGUUCAAGCCAGACAGCUUGGCGACGAGCUGUACGUCGGUGUGCAUUCUGAUGAGGAAAUUCUGGCCAACAAGGGACCAACGGUCAUGACCCUGGAAGAGCGAUUAGCAGCCGCGAAUGCUUGUCGCUGGGUCACCAAGGCAAUCGGCCAUGCUCCAUACGUCACCGAACUUCCUUAUAUCACACACUACGGCUGCAAAUAUGUCGUGCAUGGAGAUGAUAUUACUUCCGACAGCGACGGAAACGACUGUUACCGCUUUGUUAAGCAAGCCGGUCGCUUCAAAGUUGUGAAGCGCUCUCCGGGCAUCUCGACGACGGAUCUCGUUGGUCGCAUGCUGCUGUGCACAAAAACACACUUUAUCCAUUCUCUACAAAAGAUGCUCGUUGGUGAAGAGGGAUAUGGAAGCCCCGACGAACGCAAAGCCCAAGGAAAAGCCAUGCUGGAGCGCAUGAAGCUGUACGCAACAGAUGAGACUGCAAAGGCCCCCGGCGCUGAGGUAUGGUUCUGGAAUGCCUCAAACCAGGCCAAGGCGGAGGACACCGAAGAAGAGACGGGGACAUUUGACAACUUGCUCCCCGGCACCAGGCCUCGGCCAGGACAACGCAUUGUUUAUGUAGAUGGCGGGUUCGACCUGUUUUCCAGUGGUCACAUUGAGUUUCUACGAAAAGUAGGCGUCGAGGAAGAGGAACUGGCGCGCAAGUCAGGCUGGUACUCUGACGAAGCCAAGAGCAAUCGAACGAGCGACGGCGGCAAAGAUUAUGAGCCAGCAUUUGUUGUUGUCGGAGUUCACGAUGACGAAGUGAUCAAUCAGUGGAAGGGUGUCAACUACCCAAUUAUGAACAUUUUUGAACGCGGUCUUUGCGUCUUGCAAUGCAAGUAUAUCAACGCUGUCGUGUUUGGCGCCCCAUUCACACCGACAAAGUCAUACCUAAAGUCACUUCCUUGGGGCGUUCCGGAUGCCAUCUACCACGGCCCGACCGCCUUUAUGCCGCUCACGUACGACCCGUAUACUGCUCCCAAGCAAAUGGGAAUCUACCGGGAAAUUGGACCGCAUGCUUUUGCUGAAGUCAAUGCCGGCGAGAUCGUGCAACGCAUCAUGAAGAGCCGAGAUCGUUACGAGGCGAGACAACGAGCCAAAGGUGUCAAGGCGGAAGUGGAAGCAGCGGCCAGACAGCGUGAAAUAUUGGAAGAGGAGCAACGCGGCAGAGAAGCCGAGCGCAGCGGUGCUGGGGGUGCCGCCGGUACCAAUGCGUAA